CGUCGGAGUUUGUCAAAUCAACGGUUACGAAUUUUGUUCCAAUUUUGAAAACCUAAAGAGAUUAGUAAUUUCUGCGCGAGAUUGAGAUAUAGCCUAGGAUUUGUCGGAGCCAACCUAGAGGCGAAUGGUCGAGCGAACAUGAGUCGCUUGAUCCGGCGAUGGAGCAUCACUGGUCUAGCAGCGCUACUGUGUCUCUUCAUCUUCUACCGCCUUUACGAAACGAAAUGGGAACCAUCAAGCCUCAUCAGCAAAUCUUCUUAUGGAUUGCGUCGGAAGAUCUCAUGGAGAUUACGGAAAGAAGUAUUCCCCUUGACGUCGUAUCUCACUCUUCCCACCGAGGAACCCGCUGAAAUCCCGGACAUUCAGGCGGUAUUUCCAAACGAGUCCGGUGAGCGGCAAUCCUGGCGUCUGAAGAGACAAAAGGCUGUCAAGGAUGCUUUUAUCAAGUCAUGGAGAGCCUAUGAGAAGUAUGCAUGGCUUGAAGACGAGGUGACACCCCUCACUGGACUCUCGAAAGAAACCUUCGGCGGCUGGGGGGCCACACUUGUGGACGCACUAGACACGCUGUGGAUAAUGGGCAUGGAAGAAGAAUUCUCCAAGGCCGUCAACGCCUUGCACAGAAUUGACUUCACAAGAGCGUCACGUGAAAAGCUCAACGUUUUCGAAACGACAAUCCGGUACCUUGGCGGGCUGCUGAGCGCCUAUGACCUCUCCGGCGAAAAGUACCCAGUCCUUCUCGAAAAGGCCACCGAUUUGGGUGACAUGCUGUACGCUGCAUUCGACACGCCCAACCGUUUUCCAGUUACGCGCUGGUAUUGGGAGAGUGCUGCCGCGCAGUUCCCGCAAGAAGCUCCUUCGCAUGCUUUGGCUGCUGAAAUUGGCUCCUUAACGUUAGAGUUCACCAGACUGUCCCAGCUUACGGGAAAUCCAAAGUAUUUCGAUGCCGUGCAGCGGAUCUCGGAUGAGCUAGAACGACAACAAGAGCUCACAGGCAUCCCUGGACUCUGGCCUGUUAUGCUCGAUGCGGCAAAUCUGAACUUUACUAGCGACAACACGUUCACGCUCGGCGGUAAGGCGGAUUCACUGUACGAGUACAUUCUCAAGGAAUAUCUGAUGCUAGGGGGGACCUUGGUCCAAUACCAGACAAUGUACGAAAAGUUUGUCGCUGCUGCGAAGAAGCACCUUUUCUUCCGUCCCAUGAUUCCUGAUAAGAGCCGAGAUAUCCUGAUAUCUGGAACCGUUCGUAAGCUCGUGAAUGGGGACUACAAACUCGAUCCAGAAGGCCAGCACCUCACUUGCUUUGUCGGGGGGCUAUUAGGGAUCGGUGCAAGGAUUUUUAAACGGCCAAACGACCUGCUCGUAGCAAAGAAGCUCGUCGAUGGUUGCAUCUGGGCUUACCAAGUUUCGCCAAACGGCAUCAUGCCAGAACUUUUUCGAACAUGGCCAUGUGCCGACCCUGAAAACUGCCCAUGGGACGAGGGGAAAUGGUACGAUGGCGUGCUAUAUCACGGUCCAUCCAUAGAUUCAAGCAUCAAACCAAGCACAAAUGAAGAGCAUGCUAAGUUGAUCAUCGAGCGCAUGAAGCUCCCAAAGGGCUUUACAGAUGUUAGAGACGCGCGAUACAUCCUAAGGCCGGAGGCUAUCGAAUCGGUCUUUAUCCUGUACCGCAUUACUGGCGACCGGAAAUAUCAAGAAGUCGCGUGGAACAUGUUUGCCGCUAUAAAACGAGCGACUGAGACAGAUCUCUCGUUCGCGGCCUUGUCGAACGUGAUGACGAACCCGCCUAGCAAGGUGGACCAACAAGAAUCUUUCUGGAUGGCAGAGACUCUGAAGUAUUUUUACUUGAUUUUUAGCGAGCCGGAUCUACUAAGCCUGGACGACUUCGUCUUCAACACCGAGGCACAUCCGCUGAGAAGACCCAAACCUAAGGUUAAACAGUGAUCGAUUGAGGGAUUUUUUGCUUCGCAUAGUUCUAUGCCGCUGAAUUAUUGUAUGAUACCCGCUAAUGCGAAAAGCAUUGGCAGUAAUGGUCAAUGUAACGAUCUGCAAGCACGUGCCACGUGCCUCCGAAGCUCAUAUGGAUCUGAUAAUUCUUCAAUGCAUCAAAUCAAGACUACAUCA